AUGGCUUCCACACAACAGAUCAAGACGCCUCAAGAGGCUGUCGCCAGAAUCGCAUACCUGGCCUCCGAUGUCGUCGUCUCGGUGCAGCCCUCGCUCGCCGCCGAGUCCGACUUCUCGGCCACUCUCAAGAGCCUCGCCUCUUCCAGGACACAAAGCCUCGUUUCCAAGGCCGCCGAUGCCGUCGCCGAGAUCAUUCCCGUCAGACACAACAACGAUCCUCUUCUCUCAGUAUUCACACCCAUCCGCUCCGGCCGCCUGGUCUCGGUAACAACCACCUCCGAGGUUCUGCUCCCCAGCAUCGCCCACCUCUACAAGCUCGCCCAGCUCCCAGUUGUCCUCCACGUUGCGCUGGGUCCCAAGAGCCUCCCAGACUACACCGCCAUCACCUCGAUAAGGAAUUCCGGCUGGACCUUCCUGCAGUCCAACUCUCUCCAAGAGGCUCAGGAUCUGGCCCUCACUGCUCAUGCUCUCGCCGUCCAGUCCGGCAAGGGUGUUAUUCACUUCUUCGACCCCAGCUCCAGCGCUUCCGAGCAGCCCAUUGCCGCUGAGGAUAUCAGCCUUGUUCAGGAGAUUCUCAACCUCGACAAUGUUCGCCGCUUCCAGUCCGCCUCCAUCUCGGGCUCUUCCAUCUACGCCAACGACGGCCGCGUAGCCGUUGUCUCUGAGCAGUCCGAGCCUGUUGCCAGCCAGACCAUCCUUGAUGCCCGCCAAGUUGAGGCCGCUACUGCUACUGCCACCGAUUCUCUUGCCCCUGCCCAGGACGGCUCCGAUGAGUCCGCCCAGACCAGCCAGGAACAGAGCGAGGCCAGCGAGGCCAGCGCGACCCCCAGUGCCUCCGUCGCCACCACCAUCGACGAGCAGGCCCCCGUUGUCACCUCCGAGCACAUCUACAAGUACGUCACUGCCAUCUGGGCCAAGCUCAACGACCUUGCUGGCAGGCAAUACAGCGCUUUCGAGUACUCCGGUCCUUCCAACGCCGAGAACGCCCUCUUCGUCUUCGGCUCCGGCUCUCCUUUGUUCGCUCAGGCCAUUGCCCAGGCCCAGUCCGACGACAGCUUCGCCAAGGCCGGUGUCCUCACUGCCCGUCUCUACCGCCCGUGGUUGGGCGCCAAGCUCCUCGAGGCCAUCCCCAAGUCGGUUAAGCGCGUAGCUGUCCUUGAGCAGGUCUCGAGGAAGACUACCAAGUGGGGUCCCCUCCUCAUCGAUGUUCUUACCUCGGUCAAGAGCGGCCCUGGCGGUGUCGAGACCAUUGUUGGCCACCAGCUUGGCUACAUCUCUCAGGAGACCGUUGUCCAGGCUCUCCGCGGCAUCUUCCAGAACCUCACCUCCGAGAAGCCCGUUCAGAACCUCGAGGUUGGCGAGCGCGAGGCCCCCAAGGAGGCUUCCGAGUACGGUCUUGAGAAGCCCAAGCUUGAGACUGCCUACACCAAGAUCCUCGACCAGCUCUUCGGUGAGCGCGCCUACAUCGCCAACUCCAUCGAGAAGGACAACGCCGGUGUUUCCAACACCAUCUCCGCCACUCCCGAGUACGGUUUCGGUGCCCUCCUCGCCCGCAAGGAGCGCAAGCAAAAGUUCGUUUCCGAGGUCAAGGAGGCUGCCAGCAACGGCCAGUUCUCCUCUGACGCUCCCAAGCAGGCUCUCGCCAAGUGGGUUGCCAAUGCUGAGGACUCCAAGAAGGUCGAGGAGGUCGCUUCUGAGGCUGUCUCCAAGCUCUCUGAGGAUGGCUCUGACCUUUCCAAGUCUCUCCUAGAGUACAAGCAGUUCUUCCGCAAGCAGUCCCUCUGGCUCGUUGGCUCCGAUGCCUGGUCCUACGACCUCGGCAACUCGGGUGUCCACCACGUCCUUGCUUCCGGCGAGAACGUCAACCUGCUCAUCAUCGACUCCACCCCCUACUCUGAGCGCGCUGCUGCCGAUGCCAACCGCCGCAAGAAGGACAUUGGUCUCUAUGCCAUGAACUUCGGUAACGCCUACGUCGCCUCUACUGCUGUCUACAGCUCCUACACUCAGGUCCUCCAGGCUAUGGAUGAGGCUGACAAGUUCAACGGUCCCUCCGUCGUCCUUGCUUACCUCCCCUACUUUGGUGAGCACGACUCUGCUCUCACUGUCCUCCAGGAGACCAAGAAGGCUGUCGAUAUCGGCUACUGGCCCCUUUACCGCUGGAACCCCGAGAACGAGAAGAAGGGUGAGCCCAGCUUCUCUCUCGACUCCGAGCGCAUCAAGAAGGAGCUCAAGGAGUUCCUCGACCGUGACAACCACCUCACUCAGCUCAUGAAGAAGGAGCCCUCGUUCGGCGCUGUUCUUUCUGAGGACUUUGGUACCGAGAUCCGUGCCCAGCAGAAGCGCAAGGCCAAGGAUGCUUACAACCAGUUGCUGGAAGGCCUGUUUGGUGCUCCCCUUACCAUCCUCUACGCUUCCGACAACGGCAAUGCCAUCUCCCUCUCCAAGCGUCUGGGUAACCGCGGCCGUGCCCGUGGUCUCAAGACUACUGUCAUGUCCAUGGAGGACUACCCCGUUGAGGACCUCGCCACUGAGGAGAACAUCGUCUUCAUCACCUCUACCGCCGGUCAGGGUGAGUUCCCCCAGAACGGUCUUUCCUUCUGGCACGCCGUCAAGGACAACACUUCCCUUGACCUCGCCAACGUCCGUUACUCCGUCUUCGGUCUCGGUGACAGCCACUACUGGCCCCGCAAGGAGGACAAGAUCUACUACAACAAGCCCGCCAAGGACUUGGAUCGCGUCCUUGCCAACUUUGGUGCUAAGCCUCUAGCUCCCAUUGGUCUUGGUGAUGACCAGGACCCCGAUGGUUUCCAGACUGGUUACUCCGAGUGGGAGCCCAAGCUCUGGGAGGCUCUCGGCGUGGCCAACGUUGAUGGCCUUCCCGAGGAGCCUGCCCCGAGGACCAACGAGGACAUCAAGAUUGAGUCCAACUACCUCCGUGGUACUAUCGUUCAGGGCUUGAACGACACUUCCACUCUCGCCAUCUCUGCCGACGACUCGCAGCUCACCAAGUUCCACGGUACUUACAUGCAGGAUGACCGUGAUAUCCGUGAUGAGCGCAAGGCGCAGGGUCUCGAGCCUGCCUACUCCUUUAUGAUUCGUUGCAGACUGCCCGGUGGUGUGUCUACCGCUAAGCAGUGGGUCCAGAUGGACGACAUUGCCAACGAGCUCGGCAACGAGACCAUGAAGCUCACCACCCGUCAGACUUUCCAGUUCCACGGUGUUGUCAAGAGCAAGCUCAAGCCCGCCAUGCAGGCCAUCAACCGCGCUCUCAUGACCACCAUUGCCGCUUGCGGUGAUGUCAAUCGUAACGUCAUGUGCAGCCCUCUCCCCGCUCACUCCAAGUACCACCGCGCGGUUCAUGCGUGCGCCAAGCGCAUCAGCGACCACUUGCUCCCUAACACUACGGCCUACCACGAGAUCUGGUUGACCGAUGACGAUGGUGCCAAGACCCAGGUUGGCGGUAACGCUGUCCAGGACUUUGAGCCCCUUUACGGCCCUACCUACCUUCCCCGCAAGUUCAAGGUGUCCAUUGCCAUCCCUCCCCACAACGACGUCGAUGUCUACGCCCACGAUAUCGGUCUCAUUGCUAUCAAGAAUGAGGACGGCAGCCUCGCUGGUUUCAACCUGCUCGCCGGUGGUGGUAUGGGUGCCACCCACAACAACAAGAAGACGUACCCCCAGACUGGUCGCAUGCUCGGCUUCGUCACCGCUGCUGACGUGCACCUUGCCUGCGAGAAGGUCAUGCUUGUCCAGCGCGACAACGGUGACCGCAAGAACCGCAAGCACGCUCGUUUGAAGUACACCAUUGACGACAUGGGCGUCGAUGUGUUCAAGGCCAAGGUCGAGGAGUACUGGGGCCAGAAGUUUGAGGAGGCCCGUCCCUUCCACUUUGACUCCAACGUCGACACCUUUGGAUGGACCAAGGACGAGACCGGUCUCAACCACUUCACUAUGUUCAUUGAGAACGGUCGCAUUGAGGACACCGCCGAGUUCCAGAUGAAGACUGGUCUCCGCGAGAUCGCCAAGGUCCACAAGGGCGAGUUCCGCCUCACCCCUAACCAGCACUUGAUUCUUUCCAACGUCGCCGACGAGGACAAGCCUGAGCUCGAGAAGCUCCUUGCCCAGUACAAGCUGGACAACCUGCACCACUCUGGCCUCCGCCUCUCGUCGUCUGCCUGCGUGGCCUUCCCCACUUGCGGUCUCGCCAUGGCUGAGUCUGAGCGCUACCUUCCUGUUCUCAUCACCAAGCUCGAGGGCGUCCUUGAGGAGGUUGGUCUCAAGCAGGACAGCAUCGUCAUGCGUAUGACUGGUUGCCCCAACGGCUGCGCUCGUCCCUGGUUGGCCGAGGUGGCUUUCGUUGGCAAGGCCUACGGUGCUUACAACAUGUACCUUGGCGGUGGUUACCACGGUCAGCGCCUCAACAAGCUGUACAGGUCUAGCAUCAAGGAGGAUGAGAUCUUGACGAUUAUGAAGGGUCUCCUUAGGAGGUACGCCAAGGAGAGAGAGGAGGGCGAGAGGUUCGGUGACUGGACCAUUCGUGCGGGAAUCAUCAAGGCGACUACUGAUGGAAGGAACUUCCAUGAGGGGGUUGCUGAGGAAGAGGGCGAUGAGGAGUAAACGUGCUCCACCAGGAUUUUGACGAUCACAGAAACAGAUGCAUUGAAAUGGGUUGUGGAGUGUGGGUUCAAGGCGGUCAGGGACCCAGGGGGAGCAAGGUUCAAGGGUCAAAGCGCAUUCUCAUUGGCGUCGAAAAUGACUUGGUUGCAGUUUUUGUUUAUUGUUUUUACAUGUCUCUCCGUAUAUACCUCUUGAUAUCUCGAUGCAUUGUUUUUUUGUGUCUCAAAGGUUGUUGAUAGCUACUCGGGGUUGUAUGUUUUGUUUACUUUGACGUCACUCGUGCUACGCGUAUGCCAGGGCCCGUCUGAAAGAGUUGGGAUGGCACAUGGCAGUUGCUUAC